AUGGACCCGGACCAUGUUGCCUGCUACGCUCAGGCCCAAGUGGAGCUGCGCGAGUUGUUCCAUGAACUGGAGUGCAAUGGCCAGGUGAGUGCCGCGGAGCUUCAGCGGUCGCUGGUCCCUUUCACAGCUGGAGACGUCAAGCGGGACUUGCUGGGGCUGCUGGCUGAGCUCAAGAGCAAGCGCCAGAGUCUGGACGAAGCCGACUUCCUGCGCGUCAUGUGGCGCAAAAUGUACUUGGCAAGCGCCAUUGACGCGACCAAGGGCAGCACAGCGGGGCAGCACAAGCCCAUCAACGUCUCACUGGCCCACGUGAUUGUCUCUGUCAAGCGACGACAACAGCUCCGGCAGUUCGCGAGCUACUACGCGAGUCGAGGGAUCUCCGGCGCUGACCAUCUGACAAUUGUUCACAUCUCGUGUGAGUCAAUCGCGGCCCUGCGACGGCGUGUCUCGGUGUGCUACGAUGUUAUUGCCUGCAUGUUUGAUGCAGACGAGCUUCAGAUGCGGUCGCGGACGCUGUUGUCGCGCACACGCAGUGCAGAGGUACGCAACUGCUCACAGCUCUACUGCUUGCUGUUCACCAAAGACGCUGGGAAUUUCAUUCUAGGAUGUACAUACUUUGGGGAGAAUGCGCGGCGCGACCACCAGGACGAGAAAGCGGAGUAUGGAAUUCCAAAGGAAUCGGACAGCGAUCUACUCACCGGGUCUUCACUUUAUCGAACCCUAUCAUGGGGUGAUAGGGACGAUAAGGGCUUGCUCAUGGUUCGGAUGGAGGAAGUUGGGCUAAGGAAUAUCGUCGCUGCAGGAUCCAGUCGGACCGCCUUCGCAGCUAGCACCGGUCGUAAAAUGCACCAAUGGAGAGCUCUUGAACCACACCGAGGCCAAAACAGUGACGAUGCUGGGCCUUCGGAAACGUCUACCGGAGUGAGAAUGUUGGACACCGAUCCGAGUGGCGACUGCUUUGGGCUGUUAGGUGGGAAACCGCUUCUCGCGCGUACCAAGACCAUUGCCGAUGUAGGUGAUCUUCGGCAGCUCGCAGCGGGUGAGCAUUAUUUCAUGGCGGUCUCGUCGACGGGUGGACUCUAUAGCUGGGAGAGCUGUCCCAACGCGUCUUUCAGCUCGCUACCUACAGCUCCACCUUUAGGCCGCGGAUGCGCGGUCCCCGAGCGAGUGCCGUGGUUUUUCCCGCCUGAAAAAGUGUUCCGUGUAGCCUGCGGCAGCAAUCACACCAUAGCGCUCACCAGCAACGGGGUUUACGCCUGGGGAUCAAAUAUCUACGGUCAACUAGGACUGGGGGCUCACUCAUUUCCGGCCGACCUGUACACGCUAGAGCCAGCUUGCGUGAAUCUUCCAGUCGAUUGCACCCCAGCGUUAGACGUUGCAUGUGGUGACACACACUCGGUUGUUUUGUCAGGGUCGGGUCAGGUACUUACCUUCGGCUGUAACUGGGAGGGCCAGCUUGGUAUCGACGAUUCUCGACCUAGUGACAAGCUUUGCGAUGUUGCUGCCGUGGGGUGUGCCUAUGAGCCCCUGGAGGUGAUUCAACCUGAGACGAGUGGAGAUAAACGCGUCUACUUGAUCGCUGCGGGACCUCAGACGACAGUGGUUGUCAGCACCACGGGGCAAGUUUUUCAGUGGGGAAAGUGUGUAUCGGAUGGCAUUGAUGGAGUUUGCGGACGGGUUAGCCGGAGAGUACCCGAAGAACUAAAGGCCGUUCACCAAAAUCCUUCAGACUCUGCGCCUGGCCCAGUUUGGCACAGCGUCGCCAUUGCUGAUGGUCUGGUGAUGCUAACGAGGCAUUCCUCUCCGGACAACGCUGCUCUGGGGGUCUCAACCGUGUAG